CUGAUAAGAUAAAAGAAAAUUUUUAAUUUUUCGGAAAGAUGGAAUUUAAAAUUAGUAUGUGUUCGAAGUAAAUUAGUGAAAUUAAUUUUGAGUGUUCUUGUCUUUGAUUUCAUACCAUUAUUCCGAUUUGAUAGCGUAAACAUGAAUAUUAUAAAAACGAGGAAAUCUUAUAUCACGGUAGAAAGUUCAUUGAAAGAGCAAUACCCCUGUCGUAUGCAAUUGUACAAUGAUCCUCCUAUGGUGCAAAUUAGUUUACAAGAAUUCGAGCUGUACGCGAUCGAAAGAUUGAAAGUGUUACGUGUAUUGGAAAUGAUCAGCUUGAAAGGAGCUGCUAAGAAUUCAAACGAAUAUAAAUCAGAAGCGGAGAAAGAAAUUAGAAAAACUUCGCUGAGAUUCUAUCAUUUGAUUUUUACCAGCAAGUAUACUAAAGAAGAAGAUGAAAUUAAAGAUUACGAAGCUCGUAAAAUAGAUCAUAUUUCACAUUACAUUUUACGAUUCGCAUACUGCCAUAGUGAAGAGCACAGGCGAUGGUUUAUAGCGCGAGAAUACGAAUUGUUCAAACUCAGGUGGUCACAUCUACUUAGUGAUGAAACGAACAAAUUCAUCGCCGUUAAUCACCUGAAUUAUCAAAUUCUGGACGAGAUUACUUGUAAACAAAAGAGCGUGAAUAGUGGAGGUUUAAUUAAACCCGAGAAUACUUAUUACUGUGUCAAGUGGACCAAUGUUUUGGAUUUGGUUCGUGGUAGAAGAGUAUAUCUGGAACGUGGAAUCGCUUACGUUACGUCCACCGAUUUAAUAUCAGUCUUGGGAUCUGUUUUUCGAUCUAAUCUAUCUCACCAUCUAGCGAUCAUGUCUCAUAAAGUAUCAGCAAUCCAAUCAGACGAAAGAUUUAAACGUUUGAAAAAUUUACAUAAUACUUACACCGGCAAGACGUACGUCAGAAAUGAUAACGAUCGACAAGUAUCUUUGGAAAAUUUGGAUUCCCUUUCCAAAACAUCUUUUCCAUUAUGUAUGAAACAACUUCAUGCCGCGCUGAAAACUCAUCAUCAUUUACGUCAUUUCGGUCGACAACAAUUUUCUCUGUUUCUCAAGGGCGUUGGAUUAUCUUUAGAAGAUGCUUUAAUUUUUUGGAGAUCUGAAUUUACCAAGAAAAUGGAUUCUGAUCAGUUUGAUAAGAAAUACGCCUAUAAUUUCCGUCACAAUUAUGGUAAAGAAGGUAAAAGAGCUAAUUAUACUCCAUAUAGCUGUGGUAAAAUCAUAGCUAGUAGUGCUGGCCCUGGUGAAUAUCAUGGGUGCCCUUUCAAACACAACGAUGUCGCAAGUUUGAAACAGACAUUCGCUUCCCUUCAUAUCGGCACUGCUGGAUCCGAAGAGGUGCUACAAUACGUAAACAUGGGUCAAUACCAGCUUGCCUGUGCGAAAUUCUUCGAAGUCACGCAUAACGCUCCCAUUUUAACCGGUGUGAAUCAUCCGAAUCAAUAUUUUGAAGAAAGUCAGAAAUUAUUAGCUUCAGGAAUACCGAAUACUCCUGGUCCUGCUCCAAAACGUAAAUCAACUCAGCCAACUCCAACAACUGCGAAAAAAUCCAUGGAAGACUGUCUCGACGAUUCGGCAUUCGACAAGAUUAAUUUAGAUCAAUUGGAUGGCAUUACUGUUUGAAAAGGUAACUUUGUUAACACAUAUUUUAUUUUUUUUACAAACGCUUUAUAAUUUUAUUGUGUACAUUUUUUAAAUUGUAAAUAAAUAUCCGGACUGUUUCUCAAACUCGA